AUGGAUUUCCAGUGCAGAACAUGUAAUCAAGCUUUAAAUGCAGAGCAGAUGAUGAAGCAUCUCUCAAUUACCAGACAUAAGACAGUAUUUAAAAUUUCUAGUGGCGAGGACAUCUGCUGUGAAGAAUGUCAGGAUACAAACAUACACCAACUUCAAAUCAUUAGGUUUGGGGGUGAGGAUAUGAUUUUACUUUGUAAUUCUUGUUUUCGAAAGGACUAUUCAGAAACAGAGCGUCCAGCAACUAGCUAUUCAUUACAAAAUGGCUCCAUAUUAAAGUUCUGGGAGAAGUAUGUGAAGGUUAGAGAUUGUUGUUGUGAUAUCUGUGGAGAAGAGUCUCGCCUGAAUGUAAACCGCACAGGAGAAGUGUUAUGUGACAAAUGCCUACCAAAAUCAGACAAAAGUAAAGGCUUCAUUUCUGAAAAGAGUGGAAGAUUUUUGUAUAUCUAUUUGGGGCUUAACGAGACACCGAAUAGCACUAGGAAACCUAGCAAAAAGGGAGGACGAAGAGUUAGUAGAGGGAAAAAGGGCGAAAAGGCUGGUAAGUUCAAGAAAGAUAAAAAAGAAACUUUCGAAGACAAAAUCAGUAGAAUCGCCUACCAAGUGAAGAAAGAAAAUAGUAUUAUUCAAAGUUCUAGUAAUUCAAGUUUAAAAAACUUCAAAGGUUUCAAAGCAGUGGAAAGCGAUUCAAAUAUUGCAGUGUCCUUCUCCAAUCGUGCAAAAGCAAACAAAUCAGAGGCCAAAAAGAACAAUCCUGGCUCGUUGAAUGGGAAAAAAGGGAAAGAGAAUAGAACAAAAACCAACAAAAAGAGUGAAAAUGAAGUGAAAAGGGAGAAAGAGAACACGUCAAAAAACAAGAAAAAUAAUGAAAAUGAAGUGAAAAGAGAUAUCGCUCAAAUUGAGGCUAUUUCAGAAGCCAAAAAGAAGGUCAGUAACCAAGCUAAGGCAAAAUUGGAUUCAAAAAGCAAAGUUAAACCAGUUGAGAAGGCUCAAGAACCACAACCUAAAAUUCUGAAUGCUAUAACUGAAGCUGCAAACAAAACUACUCUGAAAAAGAGUAAACUCAAAGCAGAUCAAAAUCAAAAGAUCAAAAAAAAUAUUAAGGGUAACGCAGAUGCACAACAAAGUAAGCUUAAUUUAAAUGGCAAGAGAAGCACAGUAACCAAGAAACCAAACAAUAAGCCAGAUAAAACCAACAGUAAAUGGACAAUUGGUUCUGAUGGUGAUUCUUCUAGGGAAUCGAGUGUUUGCCCAACGGAGAAGGUUAAUGCGAAUAACAAAAUGCGAAACCAGCAAAAGAAGGUUGACAAUAAAAAAGUGGGCUCUGCAUCAAAGGAAAAAUCCGUCUCUCAAGUAAGCCCCAAAAAAUCCGAGACAAAUCUAUAUCAAGAUAAAGAUAUCGAAAAGACCAAAAACAGCGGACUCAUUUAUGAGGAAGGUGAACCGCUGACCAAAUAUAAUGCCUUCAAGCCCACGUUGUCAUAUCCAGACUUGAACACGUACUUAAAUGAUUAUUCGUACGCCCUGUUCUUGGAACAGAAAUUAGAGAACGAUUUCAUGCAGAACUUUAGCAUAUUGUGGCCUCGUAAUGAAAGGGAAACAGCCUUCAUUAUCAAUGUUGACAAAAACAACAAUCCCGAAUUAGAAAAAUUACUACCUCCUAAUUUGCUUGCACUCGGUAGGCCAGCAUUCAAUGAGAGGCAGCCCUUUUUCUUCUGCACCCAGGAUGAACAACAGAUGUGGUAUAUCUUCAUCAAAGAACUUUCUAUUCAAAGAGGUAAAUAUGUGUUGUUGGCAGAGCUAUUUUCAUGGAAUAAUUUGGGGCUGCCAACGAAGAACGGAUCAUCCCAGUUCAAGCUCUUACCAACGUCUGCACAAACGAGCAGAAUCUUGUUCGCUAUGACGCGUAUUACCAAUCCGAAAUUCAUUGAUCUGCUGUUGGGGCAGAAGCCUAUUAAACAGAUAUAUUUUGAUAAUAGAUUGAAAUUUUCAAGCGACAAGUUAAACCAAUCUCAAAAAACAGCAGUGGAGCAUGUUUUAAACAAUAGUAUCACUAUAUUACAAGGCCCACCUGGUACGGGUAAAACGUCUACAAUUGAGGAGAUAAUCAUUCAAGUGAUUGAAAGGUUCCAUGCAUUCCCAAUAUUGUGUGUUGCCGCAUCCAAUAUUGCCAUUGAUAACAUUGCAGAGAAGAUCCUGGAAAAUAGGCCUCAGAUCAAGAUCUUGAGAAUCUUAUCAAAAAAAAAGGAGCAACAAUAUGGUGAAGAUCAUCCACUGGGCGGUAUCUGUCUUCACAAUAUAGUGUACAAAAACCUUUCUCCAGACAUGAAAUUGGUGGCAAACAGAGCCCGCAGGGGCGAAAUGAUUUCUAAAUCUGAAGAUACCAAAUAUUACAAAGAAAAGACUCGUAUUACCAAUAAGAUUGUAUCCUUAUCACAAAUCAUUUUCACAACUAAUAUCGCUGCAGGUGGGCGCGAACUGAAAGUUAUCAAGGAAUGUCCCGUGGUGAUUAUGGAUGAGUCCACACAAUCCUCAGAGGCCUCCACAUUAGUUCCACUGUCAUUACCGGGCAUAAGGAACUUUGUCUUUGUUGGUGACGAAAAGCAAUUGUCAAGCUUCAGCAACAUCCCACAAUUGGAAGCCUCGCUAUUUGAAAGAGUCCUGUCGAACGGCACAUACAAAAAGCCACUAAUGUUGGACACUCAGUACAGAAUGCACCCAAAGAUCAGCGAGUUCCCCAUAAAGAAAAUCUACAACGGCGAAUUAAGGAACGGUGUCACGGAGCAACAAAAGGCAUGGCCUGGCGUGGAGCAUCCUCUGUUCUUCUACCAAUGCGAUCUGGGGCCUGAGAGCAGAGUGAGAAGCACACAAAGAGACAUAGUCGGAUUCACGUACGAAAACAGACACGAGUGCCAAGAGAUCGUGAAGAUCGUCCAAAUACUAAUGCUGGACAAGAAAGUCCCGCUGGAGGAGAUAGGUGUCGUGACACCGUACUCCGCACAACGUGACCUGCUAUCUGAGGUCUUGACCAAAAAUAUAGUCAUCAACCCCAAACAAGUCUCCAUGGAACAAGAAUACGACGAAAUCGAACUAUUUAACGCGGCCGGCUCGCAAGGAGCCAGCAGCUUGCAGAACAAUGUUAUCAACAUCAUCAACGGUCUGCAUGUCGCCACCGUGGAUUCCUUCCAAGGCCACGAGAAAUCCUUUAUAAUCUUUUCCUGUGUCAGAAACAACAGCGACAACAAAAUCGGAUUCCUGCGCGAUAAGAGAAGGCUGAACGUGGCCUUGACAAGAGCCAAGCACGGCCUGAUUGUGGUCGGUAACAAAAAUGUCUUACAAAACGGUGACCCGCUGUGGAGAGACUACAUCGCCUACCUCGAGGAGCAAGACGUCAUAUUUACCGACCUUGCAGCCUACUAG